CGAGAGUCCCUGUAGGGAGGUGUAUGGCCGGAGUGAGGGCCUCGCAGACCUGCGGCGGCUGCGCUACCAGAGCACCCGCUUCUGAGUCAUUCUUUGGGCUCACCCUGCUGCCCGGGGUGGGAGGGAGGGUGACGGGCCUCAUAUUUCCUGUGGGCCAUCAACCUAUGCCCCCUGUCCCUCACCCCCGGCUGGAUCAGUCCGUUUCCUGACCUGGGGGUUUUUCCUUCCCAAUGGGCCUGGUCUGGGCCACACAGAGACAGAUCUUCCUAGGAAGGCCGGGGUGGGGAGAAUACAACCUAGACCUAGGCGGCCCCUCUCUUCCACAGCCCCUCUCCCAACCCUGUGAGGGGGGCCCAGGCCUGCCACAUAGAGGACUCCUACACUGCAUGACCCCUCAUCCCAAACCCAUAUCCACCAGGACUCUCUCCCUUGGGCCCUGCGUCCCGUGGCUGUCUCCCAGUAUCUGUUCCUUCUCAUGCCCCUGCAGGGCCCCGGCCUGUCUAUGAUCCUGCCUCCACCAAAUUCAAGGUGUGGGGAGACGGGUGCCGUGGUUGGGAGCUGUUCAGCCCACUCCUGACCUCUUCUAGACCUAUGGCUUUCGUGUCCUGUAGCCAGAGCUAGAGGCCAGCUCGGCCUUGCCAGAAGCAUCCAACUUUGAGACUUUGCAGGCUGCCAGGUGCUGGUUGGGGGGCACACAGCCUGGGGCUCUGGGAGGUAAUAUGGGGAUCUGGAGAAACUCUGUGAAGAGACGUAGCCAUGCGGGGCCUGAAUCUCCUGAACUAGAGCCAGUUUCCUGAGAUUAGAACCUGCGUGUAUGCACAUGUGAAUGUAUGUGUGAGUGCACAUGUGUGUAAGUGCAGUGUGCAUAAAUGUGUGAGUCUGCGUGUGUUAGCAUGCCUGUGUGUGAGCACAUGUGUGUGCACCAGUGCACAAGUGUAUGAAUGUGGAUGCAUUUGUAAGCACACCUGUGUGUGUAUGAGUACAUGUGUGCACACGUGUGCACAAAUGUGCAUUUCUGUGAGUGUGAGUGCAAGCAUGUGUGUAUGAGUGUUCAUUGUAUGAGUGUGUGUGUAUGCAGGUGAGUGCAUGUGUGUGUGAGUGUGUUUGUGUGUUCCCCUUGGCUGCUAGGCCAACGACUGCUUCUCUGCAUCCUGCUGUCUUCGCUACCUGAGGGUCUGUGACUUCUUCCCUGUGUGGGUCCAGCCUGGACCCCUGUAAGUAAAUGUCCAAAAGCCCCUUGCCCCUCCCCUAGGGCUACCAGGGAACAUACUCUACUGCAUAUGUUCUAGUGGAAGAGAAACCGGGGUUCUAGGAAAGAAGAGCCAAACUUUGGUGGCCUUUGGUGCCCCCUCUCAGCUCCCCAUGACAAGACAACGGGGCUACAGACACUGUGUGUUCAGCCUGCCCAGGGGCUGGGGCUCUUUAAGGCUUUGUAGGUGAGGUUUCCAUGGACCUUCAAAGGUGCCAGCAGCCUGCAGGGGAAAGGCAAACUCCCUCCUUGCAAGGAAAGGAGAUGUCCAGCCAAUGAUGCCCGGCUUCUGAGGCCUGGAGGGACAGGCGGGAUGGGAGCAGCCCCUGGGGCUGGUGUCCCAAAGAUGAAAUGAAGGGGGCUGCCUAUCUCAGUUGGCGGGAGGUGUUAGAAGUGGAUGUGCAAGACCAGCCACUGGAGGUAGCCCUCUGGAAUCAAAGAGAGGCCUGCUUUUCUACCAGACAUGGGAGCAGCAUGUGGGAAACAAGGGCCUACCCAGAGAGCAGAGAGAGUCAGCUUAGUCCUUGCAGCCUCAGGAAGUCCUCGGCCCAAGUGAGUCCUGGUCCAGGGAUCCCCCUGGAGAGCUGCAGUUCAGUGGGCUCCACCGCAGCCCCUGGCCACGGCCUAUGCCCUCCCUGGGCCCCUGUGGGGCUGGGCAUUGUGUCUGACCUGUGCAUCUCCCAUGGGAGGGCUGGGCAUAGGCAGUGCUAUGGCCUUUUAUUUUUUCUUUUUCCAAUAAAAGAACUUGCCCAGCAUGAAGCUCUGUGAUGCUUUCACUGCCCCAUGACGAUGGAGGGUCAGUUCUAUGCCCCAGGACCACAUGAGGGGAUACUCGGCUGCCUGAACUGGACCUGAUAUGGGGAGCAGGAUGAACUCUGUCUUCUUGGAGCUUGUAGUCUACUGGGGAGGCAGACACCUCAGCACCUCUAAUCUGGAAUCUUUGGGGCACUUGUAGCCUUGGAGGGGGGAACAGGUUGGACUGAAAGCCAGGCCAAAAGUAAUCAAUUAAUGAUAUCAAUAAAUCCUCAUUUCUUGAGCUCUUCCCCUGGGUUGGGUCCUGUUGGGAGUUGGAUCACACAGGUCACUCAGUACUGAAGAUGAGAAAGUAGCUGGAUGAUCACUUCUCGGCCUUUUGGCCAAGAUCAAGUAUGGAGAAAGUAGCUGGAUGUUGGAACCUAGCAGAGUUGUGUCUUAAAUUUUAUAAUUUACUGAGCACCUACUGUGUGCCAGAUACUUUGCUAAAACCAUAUGUUACAGCUGGGAGGGGAUUUAAAGAUCACUUGAAUCCUGUCACAGAGGUCCAGAGAGGGUGGGUGACUUGCCCCAGGCCACACAGUUUGUUGAUGAUAACAGGGCCCAAGCUUGGAACCCAGGUCUCCUGACUCAGUGCCCACUCUGUUACCACAGGGAUGGCACCCAGAUGGGAAGCUGCCUGAGGCUGCAGGGAGACUGGGGUCACACACUCAGUCCUGUUCCCAGAGAGGGGCUCAUCAGACUGUGGGGACAACGGCUCCAGCCUCUUGGGUGGGGGCUGGGUAGUCCCCUCUGGGUGGUUCUCAUGUUUGUUCUCACUGCCGCUAAGGGCAGCUUGGUGCUUGCCUGAGCUGUGUGCAGCCUAUACUCACUCCCUCUGCUGGAACCUGGGCCGUGUGUGGGUUGCCACAAGUGAGGGUGUUUUCUAAUAUGAGGGCAGGUUCAUUCUGUUUUGGGAUAGGAAGUUUGUUCUACCCCGAGGCCAGAUUUGAACCCAAACUCAGCUCUUCUAGAGAAGAGGUCCUGGGGAGGGGGUGAGGAUUUACUAAAUGGGUAAAACCAAAUCCGGGUGCUUAUCUGACUGAGAGGCAUUCAACCCUUCCAUUUUCAAACGGUAAUCAUAAUAGUAAUAGUAGCUGACGUUUACUUAGCACUUCCUAUGUGCCAGGCACUAGGCUAAGACUCUAUACAUAGUCAUUCGAUUCUCACAGCAACCCUCCAUGGCAUGGAUUCUUAUUUCCCAUUUUACAUAUGGGGAAACUGAGGCUCAUGGAAGUUAAGUAACUGGGAAGUUGCAGAUCUUGGCUUUGAAUCUAAGCAAUCUGACUCCAAACUGCAAGGAAGAAGACAGAUCCAGCCUCAGAGGCCGCUUAGCCCCUUGAGGGCCUCAGCCGUCCUGGGAUUAGGAUCAGGCAGAUUCCCAGGGAAGGACUUGGAGCUAUGCCUGGGUUUUGAGGCCUGGCUGGCACCUCCACUUCCAGGGCAUCACGGGAGUGUGCAUGGGCUGUGCUCACAGGCAUGCGGGACCCAGAGGCAGCCCGGUGAAGGGUAGUGGGGGACCUGACUCACUGUGGGCCUGGGGAGGUGUGGUUUCUCUCUGCCGGCUUACUUACAGGCAGUGGCCUGUCUCUCCGGGGUCUGGCUGUAGCCAUGUCCCUGCAACCACCUUGCCAGCCAGGGACAGGCCCCGUCAAGACCCAGGAGCAGCUCCAGCCUCAGCCAGACUGUCCCCCAGGUCCCAAGUGAGGCCCCAGCCAGUCAGGCAUGCCUCAGGAAGCUCCUGCUGCACAUGCUUCUCUCCCUGCGCCAGCACCCUGCUGUCUGGCUUCCUUCCUUUGGCCACAGGCGGAGUGUGUGUGAAACCACAGGGUUUACAGAAGCUCGAGGUGCCACUGAGUGGCAGGAUUAUGCACUGCACUCGGGGAAUCAAAGGUGGAGGCAGAAAGAACUAUGGAUGUUGUGACACGUCCCCCAUGGCUCCCCAGCUGGCAGCCACUGCCACCCGCAGGGACUUUUCUAUGGCUUCCAGAGGUGUGGGGCAAAGGUGGAGUCCAGUGACUUUCUCCCUAGGGCCAGCCCCUGGGCUGUCGAGCCUGGGAAACUCCACAUCCCUCUCCACACCUCUAGAAGGACUCACAGUGAGAGGGGCCCAGGCAGGAGGCAUCAUUACCACCUGGUUUGGGCUUUACUAUUCACCCAGGGAUAAGGCAAGGCAAACACCACUCCACAUCAGAUCUGAAUUUGAGCUCUGGCUUCAUGACAUUAACAUAUGAAGACUCUUGGAGCCUCAGCUUCCCCAGUUGUAAAAUAGCGAGACUAAUAUCUCACAGAGUUGUUUAGACCCGAGGUGUUCAACCUUGGUGGCAAUGGAUGUCACCUGGGAGCAUGAAAAAUCACCAGUGCCUGAACCUAUCCUCAGAGAUUCUGAUUUAAUUGUUUUGGGGGACAGCUUGGGCAUCAGGAUUUUAAAGAGUUUCCCUGGUGAUUCUAAUGUGAAGGUAAGGCUGAGAAUCCCUGAUUUUGACAGUACCUAUAGCCUAUAAGCCUUUAAUUCACCUCUGAAAAUGCCUGAGACCUGAAUAAGAAGUUUAUGGUUCCACAGAAGCAGCCAGACACAAAAAUGAGUAUGCACCAUGUGAUUCCCCUUAUACGAAACUGAAAGACAGGCCAAACUAGCCUUUGAUUGGGAGUCAGGAUCAAGAUUACCCUGGGUCGAGGGUAGCGAAUGGAUGGGGACCUGGGGGGCUUCUGGGAGCUCAGGAUGUUCUGUUUCUUGACCAGAGUGCCAGUUACACAGAGGUGCUCACUUCAUGAGAAUUCACUGAGCUAUAUACUUAGGAGCUAUGUAUU